UCAGAUUAGCUUUUUUUUCUUUCUUUCUUCUUUCGUCCUCCUGGUUUUGCAUAAUCUCGUUUUGGAUAUGUUCUCUCUCUGAUUCGGGUUUCCAUGAUCCGAUCUUAGUGUUUUACUCCUCUGAUUUUUUUCCCAAAGCAUCGUGCUGCUACUGAUUCCUACAUAGCUCUGAGAUCUCUGCAAGAAUUGAAAUUGGAUUAGGUUUUGGUUUCAUUCAUAGCUCUUCGGUUCUAGGGUUUCGAAGAGCAUAGAUAUAAUGCGGCUGACCUCCGAGGCACUCCUUUCUUUGGUUCCUUCGUUGACUUUUUAUCAUUCUGGUUUAUGUUCUAAUCGUUUGAAACCUCUUCAAAAGAGUGAUUGGCGUGGUAAUCUUAGUUGAAAGUUUCUCUCUUUUCUUAAUUUCUCUAUCUCUUUACAUCUUUUACCCUUUUUUUCUUCCCUCUUCGCCUUCGUCUUAGUAUUCACGGUUUUCCUAGCUCGGUUUAAGCUAAUUUAAGAAGAAGCUUGUGAUCUCUCUUUGCGGACAUUUAGUCAGUGAUCGAUCUUUCGGUCUUUUGACGUUUCGAGUGCUCGAUUUGCGAUAGACGAGUUACUUCUGGAUAUGAGCUCUGUCUGUGGUAGGUUGGAAAACAAAGAUGCAGAGUCCCACCUUGAGAGCAGCUCUGCUUCGAGUCCCAAGAAAUGUUCUAAUGGGGCAAAGCAUAUCUCUUGUAUCGGAUCUGAAGAUGCUCAAGAGUCUGAUGGUGAUGAUAGUGGUUAUAUACACCAAAAUGUGACUGAAGAAUCCAAAGACGAGGCAGUGAUCAAGUCUAUACCGGAACCGGAGUCUGUACCUCUCAAAUCUUUGGAUGAUGAAGGAGAAGACAAGAACCUUGCCACUGCAUUGCAGGACAUGUUCUCAGAGAGGAUGAGUGUGGUUACUAUCAUCCCAGCCAUAAAAGGCAGUCGAGAGAAGCAUGGAAAGUCGGUUGAGAAGCUGAGCGUGUCAUGGGCUGAAGAUGUGUAUGAUCCUCCACCCUCCCUUGUCUCUCACACUAGAAGCAAGAAACAGCAACAGCCGAAAUCAAAGAGCAGAGACAAUUUGAAGAAGAAUGGAAAGAAAGGACAAAAGGGAAGCAGCAAUUCAUCAUCAUCCCGUGGCAGCAAAGACAAGAAGCAGUCUUCUUCUUCUCGUAGCAAACACAGUCGUGAUAAGUUUGGUUGGGCCACACAGAUGCCUCUCGUAGCUGCAUCUUCUUGAAUGUCUUUGGCAUGACCAAGGCGCUUGCGUCUUCCUUAUUCUGUCUUUUAUUCUGUCGCUUCCCUCUUUCUCUCUCUCUCUCUCGCUCUCUCUCGCUAUCUUGUGUUUAUAUAUAAAAUAACAUAUGUUGUGAAAACUUUUCUUGAGUUUGAGAAUGACUUUUUGUUCCUGUUCGGACGGUAUUGUAUCGAUUUUGAUUUCACACGAAUUAGUAAUUACCACUGCUUCUGUGAAGCUUUUCCUCCCAAA